AUGGGAGGAUAUAAAAGUUUAGAAAAGAAAAAUGAAAAACAAAAAGAACAAAAUGAAAAAAUGAUUGAGAACUCAUUGAAGUCAACAUCUUCAGAUGAGCACCCAUAUUUUUUACAGCAAAAUAACAUUUAUUGGGAAACAGGCCAUAGGACUUACAUACCUUUUUUUCAUUUCUUGAUACAUAAGUAUACGAACAAGAUAAUAGAUGACCAAAUAAGAAAAUUUACAAAUAGAGUAAAGAGUGUGCAUCAUACCCCUUUCGUUUUCCAUAAAGAAGGAUACUUUCGAAGUUAUUACGGAGACCCAGAUAUUAACAUGAUUUUUAAUUUAAAAAAAAAUACAAAUUUUGUUUUUAACUCAACAGGAGCGUUAAACUCGUACAAUAUGCUGAGUAACCAUUGCACAUACGAUAAGGCUACUCAAAUAUUUGACCAAAUACUUAUGAGUGCCUUUAAGUUGGAUUUGAAGGGUGUUUUGGAAAACAACGUAAUGUGA